AUGUACAAUAACGGAUUCAAAAAACCCGCUACGAAACUGCCACAAUAUUUUGUGGAUUUUGCCAGCCAUAGCAAUGUCUACAACAUCAAGUAUAGAAACAGGCUGGCGGUGGACACCACUAAAUACUUGAACAUCCAGUCCGACGAGUGGCGCACUAAGACGGGUAAACUGGUGCGCAAGUUCCAGAAGAGCGCUCUCGACCUCGCGUACAUUCACCACCAUCAGAAAGCAAUGUUCACUGCUAUUAUUGUAAUACUGAAGAAGCUGUUGGACGUUACAGUAUGCCAUCGCCUGAUGAGGGCUACUGGAUCGAUGAAAUAUCAAAUUACCCACCACAUAACUCGCAGAAAAUUACGCAUCAUUGCUGACAAGAAAAAGAAACAAGACGAAACGAAACUGCUAGAGAAAAAUUCACGAACUCACAUUGGAACGACCAGUGAACUUGUGCCUACCGCUCAGCUGUCGGAAAGUGAGCUUAAGGCCAGAACCAAGGCGUACAAAUCCUUGUGGAAACAACUGACUGAGCUGUCAAACACUGUAUCAAUGUAUAACGACAGAAUUAAGGAACACUGCCUCUCCCUGAUAAACGGCUUUGAACAUCUCAAAUCAAAGCUAAACAUUGAGAAGAUGACCAUUGCCCAGGAAGCGUUUCUUCCCAUUGUCCAAGAAAUGUCCACUGUUAGCACUCUCAUCGCUGACCGAUACCUGACCCAGUCUGAGAACGGACGUGAUGUCACCGCUGCUUUGAACAAACUGGAUAUUGCCAUGAACCUGGCUAAGAACGCGCUGCAUGGUGACCAUCCGGAAGUCCGUGAUGACCCGCGCGUGGAUGACGUGGGAGAAAGCGAUUCGGAAAUGAGCACCUCGGACGAUGACUAA